UAUUUACAGUUUACACGUAUUCAAUUCAGUAUUUAUAUAUUUAGCUAAAUGUAUUUAUCAGUUCAUGCUUCGAUUCAAAAUCAAAAAAAUAAAAAGUAUUGAGUUCAGGAGAGUAUGUUUAAGAAAAAAUUGUGAAAAAAAAAUUUCAUCAUGUCCUUUACUGGAUUCAGUGAAGAAGAUCUGAAGCGAAUGAAGACGACGGAAUCUAGUCCAAACAGCGAUUCACAAGCAAAUUCUUCAUAUGUUCGGAAGAUUGAUAAAAUUGGUCCAAAGUUGAAAAGAUCGACACCACAAUACAAAUUGCCUAUAGAAAAGCUAAGCUCCGAUGCUAUGGACACUGCAUUUGAUAAAUGUAAGCUCAGCCUUAAAACACCAACUUCUACCAAUGAUAUAGUUAAUAAUAAUGAAGAUGAAAAUACCUCCAUCAAUCAAGAUAUCGAAGAAAAUAUCAUAGAUUACCAUAAAGAUGAUGUAUCAAAUGUAUCUAGUAGAAAAAGUAGCUCAAAUGUUGCCCCCGAUGUGGUAAGAUGUGUUGAUAAUUAUACAGAGGAUGAACUCGCUACCCAUAAGGUUAAGUUAGAAGAAUUACAACUUCAGCAGAAGUUGAUGGAAGAACAGAAUAAGAAGAGGAAAGAGAUGCUCGCUAAAGCUUUGGCCGAUAGGACCAAACAAACAGAGGAAGAGGUUGUGAAGUUGGAAAAAAUAAAAAAAGAAUUGCAAGUUUUGGACGGACAGUUCUCACAGGAUGUUGCGGUUUUGAGAAAGAAAAUAGAUCAGGCAUGCAUCGGUUACUCGGAUGCUGAGAAGCAUUAUUUAAGAGUAGAAAAAGAAUUCCUACAAGCUAAAAUAAAUUUACAAAAGGAGAAAGAGAAAAAAGAACUCCUCACAGAACAUCUCUGUGCACUAAUCACUCACAAUGAAACGAGAAAGGCUCAGAAGUUGGAAACAUUGAUGCUUGAACUUGCCAGCGAUAAAAACAAUGCCAUAAAUAAAGUAGCAACACCAGUCUAUGACACACCAGUGAUUAUAGAUGGUGUAGAUGAAAAAUCAGGUAAAAUUGUGGAAAUUUUACCUAAAAGUUAAAAUUUAAGAUUUAAAGAUAUUUAUUAAGUAGGUUUAACAACGAAUAAACUAAUUCCAAAAAUGCAAUGGUGCAAUUUUAAAAUAUGUGCCUUAUUAUAAGUACCUUAAAUCUUUUAUUAUAUAAUAAUACUUAAUUUUUGUAUCGUCAUGUUGAACAUGAUAUGUUAGAAGACUAAUUAUUUUAUUAAAAUUAGAUUUAAGUAAAUUUAUUAAAUGAUUUUCAAGUAUAAUUUGUGGAAAU